CUACGGUCUGACUCUCUCUCUAGCUCUGUUGGAAAUGAAUGUCAGAUAGAAUGGUAACCGUUUAGUGUGUGAACUGGAGCUAAACUGGUACAACAGUAUUACAACUGGUGAGGACUGAGAGAACAGGACUAAUCCAGAGACUCAGCACUCAGGAUUCCAGCACUAGAGAGAGGAAGUGAAGUCAGUAGAUCAGCCAUUCCACACGAGGGACUGCUACAAAAUGGCCUCCGUAUCUCUCUGAAGAGGAGCUCUUCUGUUUACAGUGAAACACUCAGAGAUCUUGUUCUCCUGUCAUUUAAAUUCUGUCUACGGCAGAAGUGUCCAGUCUGAGAAGCAGAGGAAAAACAACUUCAAUCUCACUGCUGAAGCACUAGACUGAGAAGCUGUGCAUGAAGGGGCGGAGACAGUGAUGUCAUGGCCAGCAGCACCCAAACAGACAAACAGGAAGUCCAGCACAAUGUGGAAGCAGGUGCAGGUGCUGAGAGUCAGACAUCUGCAGCAUCUCCAGCUAAAGCCACAGAUCAAGUGUUUAAUGCUCGGAUUGAACUCAUAAACAAGAUUGGAGAUGCUGCUCUCAAAGAUCUGCUGGAUGGCCUUCAGAAACCCACCACUGACAUGGGCCCCGUUAUUACAAAGAGAGAGAGGAAUGAGAUUCUGCAGAACCACAGUGUGACUGAGGACCAGGUGACCUGCCUGGUUGACAUGGUGUGGAAGAAGGGUGAACGGGCCUGUGAGAGAUUUCUCUCCCUCCUUAAAGACAAGGAGCCUGGUGUCUAUGACCAACAGCAAAUGAUCCUCAAACUUAAGGAGUGGAUCUGCUCGCAGUAUAAGACAGUGCAGGAGUACAACUCCCUACCUGGACAGGACGUGCUGUUGACUGACCGCUACACUGACCCGCUGCUAGUCCAGCAACACAGAAAGCAGAAAGAGAAAGAGAAGGAGAUUCGUUUCAGAGGAGCGAGUCUCUUCAGUGCCAGGGAGGCAUAUCAAAGCACCACUGUGGACCAGUUCUUCAGCCCUAAUGACCGUGGAGACAUAACUAAAGCAGUCAUUCUUCAGGGCCACUCUGGACAUGGCAAAUCCUUUAUGGCACAGAAGAUCAUGUUGGACUGGGCAUCAGGUAACCUCUACCAGGAUCGAUUUGAACUUAUUUUACACCUGAGAUGUAAAGAACUGAACCAGAUGUCCAGAGAGAGGAAUGACAGGUGUGUGGUGGAUCUUGUGAGCUACAAUAAGACAUUUACCCCACUGAUCUCAGAGAAACUAAAGGACUCACCACAGAAGGUGCUCUUCCUCAUAGAUGGAUUUGAUGAACUGCGAUUCACAAAUGAAAUCAAUGACUCACUUGUCAUUUGUCAAGACCCUUUCACACCAGCUCCUGUUGAGGCCAUUCUGAGUGCUCUGUUGAAGGGUACAAUCCUGGACGAUUGUUUCCUGCUGGUCACCACCAGGCCCACUGCUGCAGACACACUGAGCAAACUGCUCAAACACCCUCUGCGUUCAACUGAGACUCUGGGUUUCUCUGAGAAGGGGGUGCAGGAAUACUUCCAAAGGUUCUGUCAAGAUCAGCAGGUAGCAGAGAAGGCAUUGAGGAGUGUGAAGGCAACCGGAACACUCUUCUCUUCCUGCUCCAUUCCGGUCAUCUGCUGGAUUGUCUGCACAGUUUUCCGGGAGCAGCUAAAAGAAAAUGCUGAAAUGGCUGAGCUGGAAACGACUACCUCCAUAUUUGUCCACUUUGUGUCCACUCUGCUGGAGCAUCACUGCCAGGGUUUGAGUCAACCUGUCCCUACUCUGCUGAGGAGCCUGGGCCAGCUGGCAGAGAGAGGGAUGCUGGAGCAGCAGGUCCUGUUUGAGAAGGGAAGUGUGUUGAGUACAGUCUCAGAUCCAGCCAGUGUUCCCUUCCUGUGCAAAUUCCUCAUGAAGAAGAAAGUCCGCCUGGAGGAAAUGUUCAGUUUCAUGCAUCUCAGCUUUCAGGAGUUCUUUACUGCACUCAACUACACCUCAGACCAGAAUGAUGAGAAAGUCAAUGAGCUGCUCGGUUCUGUCAAGGAAUAUGACGGCAAGUCCUAUGUCCUACCCGUCAUUCAGUUUCUCUUUGGCCUCUCAAAUAAGGAGGUGGUUCAAAACCUGAAGGAACUUCCACUGCCUUCCACUCCUUCCAUUCGAGGACAGCUAGAAAAGUGGAUUCUUGAACUCAUUGAAAAAAGUAAAGAUUCAAAGAAAAGUAAUGAGUUGCUGUUCAUUCUCCACUGUCUCUGUGAGCUCCAUGAGGAAGAGUUUGUGAGGAGAGCCAUGGAGGUUUGGGGUAAGAUAACCUUUGCUUCCAUUCCCCUGACGACAACAGACUGCUCAGUGCUGCUGUACUGCCUGCAGCGCUGCCCGACCAUCAGAAGCCUGGAGCUCAACGUGUGCAACAUCACAGCAGAGAAGCUGAGGAUGCUGCAACCUGCACUGAGCAGGUGUGAGGAGCUGGGGUUAGUUGUUGAGGAGCUGUCUGAUGCUGAUGUGAAUGAUCUGAUCUCAGCUCUGGGGGAAGGACAGAUCCUGAGUGGACUAGGUGUGUUGAAAAGCAGUCUGUCAGAGGAGAGUGUGCAGCAGGUCCUCAGCGCCCUCUCCAGGCAGAAGUCUGUGGGUGCAGUUGUGCUCUCAGUGAAGACCAUCACCAUCACCACUGCUGAGAGGCUCCUGCAGUUCUACAAGACCACACAGAUCACAGAGUUUGUGGGGGUGCGCCUACUGGAGGGGGCUGAUACAGCUGAGAGUCUCUGUUCUCGUGUCUUGAUGAGAAGAGAAGAGGAAGAUUUCCAUCUGGUGAUUGCCCACUCUGGAGGUUCCUCUCCUGAAUCUGAAACCUCUGGACUGGGUCUAGAUCUGCUGUUCCCCUCACAGAUCUCUGACAUCAUACUGAGGGAGAUCCUCCACAGGUUCCAUCGCCUAAGACGUUUCACAUACAAUAUUCUACUGUUUGAUUUGUGUGUGGAUGCUCUGUUGUCCUGGCUGGCCUCUCUGCCUGAUCUGAAGGGGGUGAUUCUGCAUGUGAGCUGCCUGACUGAGAUCUGGGCCACCAGGAUCCUCCAACUCAUCCACACCUGCCACAGUCUAAAGAGAGUAGAGUUGCACCUACCGAAGGGGACUGAUACAGCUGAGAGUCUCUGUUCUCGUCUCUUGAUGAGAAGAGAAGAGGAAGAUUUCCAUCUGGAGAUUCUCCACUUUGGAGAUUCCUCUCCUGAAUCUGAAACCUCUGGACUAGGUCUACAGCUGCUGUUCCCCUCACAGAUCUCUGACAUCAUACUGAGGGAGAUCCUCCACAGGUUCCAUCAGCUGAGACGUUUCACAGACAAGAGUCAAGAGCAUAAUGAGUGUGUGGAUGCUCUGUUGUCCUGGCUGGCCUCUCUGCCUGAUCUGAAGGGGGUGAAUCUGGAAGUGAGCUGCCUGACUGAGAUCUGGGCCACCAGGAUCCUCCAACUCAUCCACACCUGCCCCAGUCUAAAGGGAGUACAGUUUGAAGCCGCUGUCUAUGAUGAGAGUUUUGAGAAGGAAGAAGGUUUGUUGCUGGAGGAGGGGAUCUGCUUACUGAGGCGCCCAGACUGCACCAUCACACUUACAGGGAAGCGCUGCUGUAAAGCCACUGAGAAGUGCACUGAGUUUAAGGACAGAAACCUCAGCUGUAAUGAACUGUGGAAGGGAUCUUCCUCACGUCUCCAAACUGAUGAAGAGAUGGCAGCAGAAGAGCGAGCUGCAGCAGUCCAACACAACCAGCAGAAACACAAGAAGAAAAAGAAGAAAUGUGUUUUAAUGUGAUCUGCCCUCCCAGCACUGAGGGUAUUGGAUUCAGAACUUUAGAUUUGUAUGUCCCAGCACUGAGAGUAUUGGAUUCAGAACUUUAGAUUUGUAUGUCACAGCACUGAGAGUGUUGGAUUCAGAACUUUAGAUUUGUAUGUCCCAGCACUUGAAGGUUGUGAAAUCCCUUGGCAAUGUAUUGUGCACGUAACCCGUGGCUCACGCGUUGUUGGGGAAUGCUUGCUUGGCAGGCUUCGGUCAGCUAUAAGCAAGUGAACUAUCCGUUCCAGCUUCUUAAGCCGGUGUCCGGCUCUCGGCGGUGUGAUGUUGCGGCCACGCAGGAGUCUAUCUGCAGGAGCCCUGCAGCUUGGUGCGCCGGUCACUGGGAACUGCAGCGCUGUCUCCUGAGCCCACGGGUAGCUUUGGCCUCCUCGCUAUUCACGCUGACCUGAACAAGCGGCCAGCGGCGUCGCUCAUUCCCCACCUACCAAGCGACUGCUGCACCUUUUCAUCUGAUGCAUCCACAGUGACUCUUCACCCCAACCCAGCCUUUCUACCCAACGUCCUGACUGACUUCCACCUGUCCCAGUCAGUGAAGCUGCACUCUCUCCCGGUCUGGGCUCUGUCUGAGUACAUGCGGCAUACUCAGCCUCUACGGAGGUCAGGCAGGCUCUUCGUAUGCUUUGACCCUGGGUGCUUGGGACAGCCUCUGUAGAAAUCCCAGCUGUCCCAUUGGGUUGUGGACACCAUCCAGGAGGCCUACACUCUUUCGGACGCAACUGCCCCUCCGCGGUUGGGGCGCAUUCGACGCGUGGCAUGGCUGCUUCCUGGGCCCUAUGGUGGGGAGCCUCUCUCUGCUCCACUGGGCUUUGCUCUGGCCUCCAUGCUGGCGGCCUUUUUGCCUUUUUGCAUCACACACAGUCUACACUUUACUGAUCUGCACUACACUUUUGAUUAGCUUUCUCUUGCUUCUCAUUUACUUUACUGACUUGAUACACUUAUUUAUGUAAAUGAUGUUUUUAUGGUAUAAGUUAAUGUUUUAAUAAAUGACUUUGGAUUUAACCUAACAAACGGUGUGGUGUCCCCAUGUCAUUGCUACUGUGAGCCAGGUAGUUAUGACACUACUGUCUGAAUGUGGCAGCCAGCCCCUCCUUUGCCCAGCGUGUGCUAGGCGUGGCGCCGCAGUAAAGCUGAGAGCCCCCUUCCCUUGGUUGGCUUGCGUCUUGCGGGCCAACCUGGGUGGCCCCUGGUCACAGUGCUGGCCCUUGCGCCUGGCGGGGGGCCCUGUUCUGUGUUCAGGGUUGGGUCUUGCGUCUUGCGGACCCACCCGGGCUACCCAUCUGCCCUCGGGCUUGGCCUUGCGUCUUGCUGAGCAUCGUCCCGAUCAGCAUGAACAUAGUGUACAUUUGGACAUAGUUUGUUGAUGGCAAAAUGGUGUUUUGGGUGUGGGCUGCUCCACAUGGGGUGUCUUAAAGGGUUACCCCGUACAUAUGGAAUAUGUAACAGAGUGGAGAGAUGGUCUGGAGAAGAUAGAGAACGUUGGGUUUUGUUGUAACCCUGGUUCUCUGAGUGAAGAGACCAUCUCAGUCAGAGGCCUCCUGCGUCGUGUCCCUCAUGGCAGGAUGAGAUCAGCUCAGGCCACACAGCCUGCUCGAGAAGGUAUAAAGAGAGAGAGAAAUGAAAACGGAGACAUCGCAGAUCGAGAAAAAGGAACAAGGGCGAGAAGGAGCCCCCCCCCACACACACACACA